GGGUGGACUGUUGGCGCAUGCGCUUUAGCAAAACAGCUAUGGCUUCCGUACUCUGACACAUGCCACAAUAACAAUUCGGGAAACACAACCUAAAACUCUUUUCGCUGAGGCGGACAGACGACAGAUGAGCCAAAUAUGUCUCGGCACCGCAAUGUCCGAGGCUACAACUACAACGAAGAUUUUGAAGAUGAUGACAUGUAUGGGCAGUCUAUGGAGGAUGACUACUGUAUAUCACCAGCAACAGCCAAUCAGUUUAUCUACUCUCGUCGAGAGAAGCAAGCGCCCAAAGAGGAGCCGCUGGAGGAGGAAGAAUAUGAAGAGGAUGUACCUAUGCCCCUGACCGUCAACCAAAACCUUGAUCCUCUCGAUCAAGCCAAGCUGUACUCUUGUCUGGAUCACAUGAGGGCCGUGCUGGGAGAUUCAAUGCCGGACUCUGUCUUGAACCAAGUCGCCAUAAAGUGUGAAUUCGAUGCGCACCGUGCGCUGGAUGCCAUCCUCUCCGAAGACCCUAAAACGGCCCUGGUUAGCAAAACUACCACAGAUGUCCCGCCAGCUGUCCAGAGGGUUAACAAGGAAAAAGCAUCGCUUCCGCAAAGAAGCAGGGAGGCGGCCGUGAUUGAGAAAGCUAAAAGCAGGGACAUGUCUCACGAUAAGAUGGACUCGGAGGUCUUACCCAAAGUGGCCCGCAUGACCGUUUCAGGCAAGAAGCAGACUAUGGGCUUUGAUGUUCCCAGCAGUGGAGACAACGACAUCAUUGCAGCAGCUGUGGCGCGGCAAGCCAACAGCCCCGAAAACCCUACCACGACGACACCCGCCAGUGGCGAGAGCAACUCCAGACGAUCCGAGACGCCCUCCAAAGGUUCAUACGAAGAUGAGAUGGCCAGUGUUUCCACUCCCGGACGCUCCUCCGGAAAGGCACGGCCGACAAUCGACGUGAAGGCCGAACUGGAGAAGAGACAAGGAGGCAAACCACUGUUGAAUCUAGUAGUUAUAGGUCAUGUGGACGCAGGGAAGAGCACGCUAAUGGGCCACCUGCUGUAUCUGCUGGGCAAUGUCAACAAGCGCACUAUGCACAAGUAUGAAACAGAGUCCAAGAAAGCGGGCAAGGCAUCUUUUGCCUACGCUUGGGUUCUGGAUGAAACUGGCGAGGAGAGGGACAGAGGCGUGACGAUGGACGUCGGCAUGACCAAGUUUGAGACCAACUCCAAGGUGGUGACGCUGAUGGACGCACCGGGACACAAAGACUUCAUCCCCAACAUGAUCACAGGAGCUGCCCAGGCAGAGGUGGCCGUGCUGGUGGUGGACGCCAGCCGGGGAGAAUUCGAGGCGGGCUUUGAGGCGGGCGGCCAGACCAGAGAGCACGCCCUGUUGGUGCGCUCGCUCGGUGUUACUCAGCUGGCGGUGGCAGUCAACAAGAUGGACCAGGUUAAUUGGCAGCAGGAACGUUUCCAGGAAAUCACAUCGAAGCUUGGACAUUUUCUCAAGCAAGCAGGCUUCAAGGACUCUGAUGUUUUCUACAUCCCCACCAGUGGCCUCUCAGGAGAGAACCUCAUUGUCAGAAGUUCAGUUUCUGAGCUCACCUCUUGGUAUUCUGGCCUCAGCCUGCUGGAACAGAUUGAUGCCUUCAGGGCUCCUCAGCGUUGUGUGGACAAACCUUUCAGAUUAUGCGUCUCAGACGUAUUCAAAGACCAGGGCUCGGGAUUCUGCAUCACAGGCAAGAUUGAGGCUGGCUAUAUUCAGACCGGAGACAAGCUGCUGGCUAUGCCUCCCAAUGAGACGUGCAUUGUCAAAGGAAUCACUCUACAUGACGCUCCUUUAGAUUGGGCGGCAGCUGGAGAUCACGUCAGCCUCACGGUCACUGGCAUGGACAUCAUCAAGAUCAACGUGGGUUGUGUAUUCUGCAAUUCCAAGGAGCCCAUUCGAGUGUGCACCCGAUUCAGAGCGCGCCUGUUGAUCUUCAAUUUUGAGAUUCCCAUCACGAAAGGCUUCCCGGUAUUGUUACAUUAUGGAACGGUCAGUGAGCCGGCCACUAUUACAAAACUGAUAAGCGUUCUACAUAAGAGCAGCGGCGAGGUCCUCAAGAAGAAACCAAAGUGUUUGGGUAAAGGUAUGAACGCCAUUGUUGAGAUCCAGACGCAGAGGCCGGUAGCACUGGAGCUCUACAAAGACUACAAGGAGCUGGGUCGCUUCAUGCUCCGCUACGUGGGCUCCACCAUCGCUGCAGGCGUAGUCACUGAGAUCAAAGAAUGAAUUUUCUGUCCUUCAGCGUUUGUCCUCGCAGCCAGACAAAGACAAAGUGCAUGUCACUGCAAUGCGAGCGCAUCCCUCCUCCAUCCCACAUGCGCAGUCGCUGCUUCACCAGUUUGGCCAGAUCAACUCUAAAGCUGCGCCGUUACCCAACAUCAGGUGGCACCAUCUGUGUUGGGUAGCACAUCUCAGCAUCUGACAGUGAUGCUGAGCCUCCACCUCCUAAAAGACUUGCGUGAUGUCCAAUGCUUUAAAUGAUCUUAUUGUUCUCAAAUUCGACUGGUUGCUUGAGUUCUAAUCAUCAUGGCGGAAAUAUUGUCAUACAACCAAUUGAAGCAUUGCAGGUUGAUGAAAACAAAAAAAAACUGGAACACAGGAUAUUUUUCUCUAGUACUGGUGGAGCCACAACAGAACAAGUAAUUCCUCAUCUUAUUAUUUAUAUUAUUUUGAGCACAAAUUGAUAAUUUUUUUAAUUUUAGGCAGCAGAUCCCCGAUUCAGGAGAAAAAGGUUUGCUAUUGUUUUCAUCAGACAUUUGCAUCUCACGCAAUGCUUAAACUUUUUAAUAAUUUCAUUCAUGUUUGUGUGCGAGCUGAGUCAAGAUGGACUGACUCCAUGCGUGACUGUAUAAUAAUAAUGCAGAUGAAAUGAAGAUAAAAAGUCACUCAACUGUGUUUUGUUUGCGAGUCUUUAGUUUCAAACCAGCAAAAAGCUUUUGUGCCACUUUUAGCUGUAUAUUACAGAUAGUCAACAAGAGCUUAAUACAACUGUUUCAAAUGCAGAAUAGGCUUUUUAAUUUAUGUUUUAACAAUCAAAUGUGACCCCUAGAGCCUGUCAAUGAGUGCCAGCCAGGCGUGACAAUAAAAUGCAUGUUCACUACUUGUCUUAAAAUAAAGCUCUUAAAAAUGGUUGAAAAAUAGCAUAUCAAAUCAUGUAAGAUGAUUACAAAUCUGUUAACAUUUGAGUCAGUGCCAUAACAUAUAUUUAUAUAUUUUAAAAAGCUUUAUUAACAGGCCAUAAAAAAAUUAAAUAGUUGUUUUUUUUCUUGGUUUGUCAGUUGAGGAUUUAAAACGGGAGGAACAAAGUCAACACAUUAAUGAGUGUAUUUUACUACUGUUAUAAUAAUUUAUAUUGAAUUAAACCAUU